AUGGUGAUCAAGUCGCUACCAAUCGACGAUAUGAACACUAUUGUAUUCGCUAUUCGUGGUACUCAAAGUUUUAUCGACUGGGCUGUAAAUGUACACACAGCGCCAGUCCCACCAACUGGCUUUCUUGAUGAUCCUUCCAAUCGCUGCCAUGCCGGCUUUCUUUCCGUGGCUCGUAAAAUGGUAGCGCCUGUCGCAGCUCGGCUCCGGACUUUGAUCGAAGAGAAUCCUAACCGCAUCGCGUACACGCUUCUAAUCACUGGACACUCCGCUGGCGGCGCAGUUGCGAGUCUUCUCUACAUGCACCUGCUUUCCGAGUCUACAGCCGUCACAUCCGAAUUGAUUCAUCUCCGCGGCUGCUUAAGACAUAUUCACUGCAUCACCUUUGGUGCACCCCCGAUUUCCCUCCGCCCCUUAGUGCACCCACCAUCUGCUAAACCUUCAAAGUCGAUUUUUUUCUCAUUUGUGAACGAGGGUGAUCCCGUUGUUCGCGCGGACAAGGACUAUUUCUUCUCUCUGCUAGAUCUAUAUGCCUCCCCUGCUCCGGGGUCGCUGUGGUCUAUACUUGACCCCAGACGCAAACAAAAGCCUACCGCUUACUGGCGCGUCCCCCCUUCAACGCUGUCAACCGCUGGGCGGUUGAUUCUGUUGCGUGAUCGCAGCCGUUUAAAUGGCCGCCGCGCUGCUGUGCACCACCCUCGUCUUGACGGUCGUCCGCCGCUGCCGCCUCGUGAGGACAUAGAGGCUUGCGGAAUAAUUGAUGCGGCAAUGCAUGGCGUUGUCUUCGGUGACCCGCUCAUGCACCUGAUGGACCUAUAUGCUCGUCGUAUCGAGACCUUGGCUAGAGACUGUCCGGUACAGAAGCUACAGUGA